CAUCAAUCUUCUGUGAGCGAUUAAGUUAAAAGAUACUAAAUCCAAAUAAACAAACACAAAGUUCUUGAUUCUUUAAUCCACCUCCGCUGUAAAGCAAAUACAAGCUCUCUUAGUCAAAACCAACCUCAGAAAACGACACCGUAUCCGUGAUUCUCCUCUGUCUUUUACACUCACAAACAUCUGUAAAUUUUGUUUCGAUUCUUUUCAUGUACACCACACCAAAAUUUUGUCUAUUUUUCUGUUUAUAUAAGGCCUUCACGUGUGCCGUAUUAUCGAACUAUUCAAACCUUUUUACUGUCUGUGAUUCGACUCUGCUUUGAAAUGAGUGAAUUUUGGUUUUAUUCCAAUUUCACGGAAUUUUAGAUUCUUUUUGUUCAUUGUUUUAUAAUCACUCAUUUCUUACCAAUUUAGCCAAUUUUAAGGUUCCUGUUCAGUUUCUUGAAACAAUGGAGAAAAAACUUAUGAUGUUUCAGAUAUUAAUAUUGUUGUCUGUAUCAAUCCUGUGUCGUUUUAGUUUGAGUAAAGAGUGUACGAACAUUCCUACUCAGCUUUCAUCACAUUCAUUCAGAUAUGCGCUUCUGAAAUCAGACAAUGAGACUUUGAAGCAAGAAAUGUACGGGCACUAUCAUCUGACACCAACUGAUGAGUCAGUUUGGUCUGAUUUGUUACCAAGAAAGAUUCUGAAAGAGGAAAAUGAUGAGUUUGAUUGGGCUAUGACGUAUAGGAAAAUGAAGAGUCCGAUUCGGACGUCUGGGAAUUUUCUUAAGGAGGUUUCGUUGCAUAAUGUGAGGUUGAAUCCGGAUUCUUUUCAUUGGAGGGCGCAGCUGACUAAUUUGGAGUAUUUGUUGAUGUUGGAUGAGGAUAGCUUGGUGUGGAGCUUUCGGAAGACGGCGGAUUUGGCUACUCGUGGCAAGCCUUACGGUGGCUGGGAGGAUCCUGGCGUCGAGCUUCGCGGUCACUUUGUUGGGCAUUACUUGAGUGCAACGGCAUUAAUGUGGGCUAGUACUCAUAAUGAGACUCUUAGGAAGAAGAUGUCUACUGUAGUUUCUGCUCUAUCUGAAUGUCAGGAGAAAAUGGGGUCUGGUUACCUUUCAGCGUUUCCAUCUGAACUAUUUGAUCGUUUCGAGGCUAUAAAACCCGUAUGGGCUCCAUACUAUACUAUUCAUAAGGUCUUGGCUGGCCUUUUGGAUCAGUAUAUUUAUGCAGACAAUGAUCAAGCUUUAAAAAUGGUGAAAUGGAUGGUUGACUACUUUUAUAACCGUGUUCGGAAUGUUAUAACGAAAUACAGUGUGGAGAGACAUUAUCUGUCACUCAAUGAAGAAACUGGAGGCAUGAAUGAUGUGCUCUACAAGUUAUUCAGCAUUACAGGAGAUCCGAAGCAUUUAGUAUUGGCUCACCUUUUCGACAAGCCCUGCUUCCUUGGCCUGCUUGCAGUGCAGGCUGAUGACAUUUCAGGUUUCCACGCCAACACGCAUAUCCCUAUCGUUAUUGGAUCGCAACUACGAUACGAAAUCACUGGCGAUCCACUCUAUAGGGAAAUAGGUACAUUUUUCAUGGACAUUGUAAAUUCAUCUCACACGUAUGCAACUGGAGGGACAUCUGACUAUGAGUUCUGGUCAGACCCAAAGCGGUUGGCUAGCACACUAAAUGACCAGGCUGAAGAAUCAUGCACAACUUAUAAUAUGCUGAAGGUUUCCCGUCACCUAUUCAGAUGGACGAAAGAAAUAGCUUACGCAGAUUACUACGAAAGAGCCUUGACAAAUGGCGUAUUAGGCAUACAAAGAGGAAACGAACCUGGAGUGAUGAUUUACUUGCUUCCUCAACAACCCGGAGGCUCCAAAGCUAAGACUAUCCAUAGAUGGGGUACACCAUUUGACUCAUUUUGGUGCUGCUAUGGAACAGGAGUCGAAUCAUUUUCAAAGAUGGGAGAUUCCAUAUAUUUUGAAGAAGAAACCCAAGUCCCGGCUCUUUACGUCAUCCAAUAUAUUUCGAGCUCUCUCAAUUGGAAAUUGGGAAAGAUUGUACUUGAUCAGAAAGUUGACCCUGUUGUCUCUUGGGAUCCGAAUCUUCGAGUGACUUACACUUUCAAACAAGGGACAGGCCAAUCAUCUACUCUGAACUUACGUAUACCGAUUUGGACCCAGUCGAAAGAUGCUAAAGCUACAUUAAAUGAUCAAACUUUGACUGUACCACCACCAGGUAAUUUCUUAUCAGUCACAAGAAGUUGGAGCAGUGCUGACAAAUUAGUCCUUCAGUUGCCCAUGAGUUUAAGAACAGAGGCUAUUAAAGAUGACAGGCCAGAGUAUGCUUCGAUUCAGGCCAUACUUUAUGGCCCUUAUCUUCUCGCGGGACAUAGCAGCGGUGACUGGGACAUCAAGUUGGGAUCAGCAAAUUCUCUAUCAGACUUGCUAUCUCCAAUUCCUUCCACUUAUAACAACAAUCUAGUAUCAUUUUCCCAAGAAUCGGGAGGUUCAGUUUUCGCAUUGACAAACUCGAACCAAUCUCUUACAAUGGAAACAUCACCUUAUUCCGGCACUGAUGAAUCUGUCCGUGCCACUUUCAGACUCAUCCUGAUAGACUCUCCUUCAUCAGUAUUACUAAACACGAAAGAUGCUAUUGGAAAAACCGUGAUGCUGGAACCAUUUGAUCUCCCAGGAAUGGUUUUAGUACAGCAAGGGAAAGAUGUGAGCCUAGCAGUUGCAAACACAGAUGAAGAGGACGGAUCAUCUUUUUUCCGGCUGGUUUCGGGAUUGGAUGGAAAACAAGGAAGUGUAUCAUUGGAGUCAGUAAGCAAUGCGAAUUGCUUUGUGUUUAGUGGCGUGAAUUACAAGUCAGGAACAGGGCUGAAACUUAGCUGCAAGAAUCUAUCAGAAGGUGAAUUUGAUAAAGGAGCAAGCUUCGUAAUUAGCAAGGGGAGAAGUCAAUAUCAUCACCUCAGCUUUGUCACAGAAGGCGCGAAAAGGAAUUUUCUUCUUUCGCCGUUAUUUAACUUCAGAGAUGAAUCUUAUACUAUUUACUUUAACAUUCAAGCUUAACAGACUCCAAUCUUAGUGCAGCAAAUAAAUUAUGAUGGCAACAGUGAAUAAAUCAAGUCUGUUAAUAGUUAUACCAAGAAGGAAAUUGCGAAAAAGACGAGAUCAAGAUUCAAGAUCAUAGUCCGGUUUUUAGAAUUGUUAGUAAUGUAUAUCAUUAGUUAUUCUUGUGUAUCUUCUUAAGAUAGAUUCAGUAUAGCUGAUGCUGUUCUUUGUCAAGAAAAGAGUGUUUCAGCAUUUCAAAUCUGAAAAGAAAUUGUAUUGAUCAGGAGAGCGCCUUACGGUUUGCAAAUCUCAUUAACACACAAUCUUUAAUCAA